AUGUCUCGUCCUCUUCUCUUCUUCUUCGUCUUCUUCCUCUUUCUUGUCUUGGUCGUCCCUUGUCUCUCCCAUGGAACCGGAGGAGACCACGAGGACGGAGGAGACCAUGAGGUCGAUCUCAAAUCAAGAUCCUUGAUCACUGUCAAAAUCGCCUGUCUUGUCAUCAUCUUUGUGCUCACGUUUAUCAGCGGCGUGUCUCCGUAUUUCCUGAAAUGGAGUCGAGGGUUUUUGGUUCUGGGAACACAGUUCGCCGGAGGAGUGUUUCUCGCGACCGCCUUGAUGCAUUUCUUGUCCGACGCUGACGAGACGUUUCGGGAUUUGUUGACGGCGGAGGGAGAAUCGGAGCCAUCUCCGGCUUACCCAUUUGCAUUUAUGAUGGCUUGCGCUGGUUAUAUGCUGACCAUGUUUGCUGAUUCUGUCAUCGCUCAUGUCUACUCCAAGACCCAGUCUUGUCCACCCAACGAUUUGGAGGUCCAAGGUCAAGACAAAUCAGCGACCACGGAAACUUCGGUUGGAGAUAGCAUUCUAUUGAUAGUAGCUCUGUGUUUCCACUCUGUCUUCGAAGGCAUAGCAAUUGGGAUCUCGGAGACUAAAUCAGAUGCUUGGAGAGCUCUAUGGACAAUAACGCUGCACAAGGUGUUUGCAGCGAUUGCAAUGGGGAUUGCUCUUCUCCGUAUGGUCCCAAACCGUCCUCUAUUCUCGUCCAUCGCAUAUUCCUUCUCGUUCGCCAUAUCGAGCCCAAUCGGUGUUGCCAUCGGGAUAGUGAUCGACGCAACGACUCAAGGGACGAUCGCGGAUUGGAUAUUCGCAGUGUCGAUGAGCUUGGCGUGUGGGGUUUUUGUCUAUGUGUCUGUGAAUCAUUUGUUGGCAAAAGGGUAUGUUCCAAACAAGAAGUGUCAUGUGGAUGAGCCUCGUUAUAAGUUUUUGGCUGUCUUGUUUGGAGUUGUUGGCAUCGCCAUUGUUAUGAUUUGGGACGUCUGA